AUGAGAAUUAAGAAGAAGAACACAAGAGGUAACGCUAAGAAUUUCAUAACAAGAACGCAAGCUGUUAGAAAACUACAAGUUUCCCUUGCUGAUUUUAGAAGGCUAUGUAUUUUCAAAGGUAUUUACCCAAGGGAGCCUCGUAAUAAGAAGAAGGCUAAUAAAGGUUCUACAGCUCCCACCACUUUUUAUUUUUCAAAAGAUAUCCAAUAUUUAAUGCAUGAACCAGUUUUGGCAAAAUUCAGAGAACAUAAAACAUUUGCUAAGAAAUUAACCAGGGCCUUAGGUAGGGGUGAAGUCUCUUCUGCUAAGAGAUUAGAAGAAAAUAGAAGUACUUAUAAGUUAGAUCAUAUUAUUAAAGAAAGAUAUCCAAGUUUCCCGGAUGCAAUCAGAGAUAUGGAUGAUGCCUUAAAUAUGCUAUUCUUGUUUGCUAAUUUACCUGCUACUGAUCAGGUUUCGGCUAAGCUAACCAAUGAAGCCCAAGUUCUUUGUAACCAGUGGCUAGCAUAUGUUGCUAAAGAACGUUUAAUUCGCAAAGUUUUUGUGUCUAUCAAAGGUAUCUAUUAUCAGGCUAAUAUUAGAGGUGAACAAGUUAGAUGGGUUGUACCAUUUAAAUUUCCAGAGAAUAUUCCAUCUGAUGUUGAUUUUAGAAUUAUGCUAACUUUCUUAGAAUUUUAUUCCACCUUUUUGCAUUUCGUUUUAUUCAAAUUAUAUACCGACAAUGGUCUAGUUUAUCCACCAAGAUUAGAUGUUAAGAAAAGUAAAAUAAUAAGUGGGUUGUCAUCUUAUAUCUUGGAAUCCAAUGAAGAACCUAAUCCCUUACGUGGAACUCAAAACAAUGAAUCUAGUACAUCUACUGAAGAGGCUACCACAAUUGACUCAGACACUUUAAAAUCAGCAUUAAAGGCUGAUAAAAAAGAAAGGGGUGAUGAAAAUGCUAAAGAUACCGAGGAGGAUGUUAAUGUUGAAACUGUUAAUUUAGACACUUUUGAAGACAAUAAUAAAAACAAAGGUGAUAUUUUAGAACAGCCAAGUGAGCAUGAAUCAUCCUCACUAUUUUCUGAUUUUAUAUUUUACGUCGGUAGAGAAGUACCAAUCGAUAUUGCUGAGUUUUUGAUCUUAUCAUGUGGUGGUAAAGUAAUUAGUGAAGCUGCAUUAGAUCAAAUUGAAAAAAGUAAUGAAAUUGAUUUAAGUAAUGUCACUCAUCAUAUUGUUGAUAGACCAGUCUUAAAGAAUAAAAUUGCUGGAAGAACAUAUGUUCAACCACAAUGGAUUUUCGAUUGUAUUAAUAAAGGUGAGCUAGUUCCAGCCAAUGCUUAUUUACCUGGUGAAACAUUACCACCACAUUUGAGUCCAUGGGGUGACAAAGUCGGCUAUAAUCCAGAGGCUGCUGACGAUGAAAACAGCGAAAGUGAAAGUGAAAGUGACUCUGAGAUUGAAGAUAAAGAAGAUUCUGAAGAUGUUGAAAUUGAUGCAACUAAUGAAGAAGAUGAUGAAGCUUUGAGAGCUCAAAAAGAGUUAGAAUUGGAAGCUCAAGGUAUCACAUACACAGAAGCUAAAGAAACUAAUAAAGAACCAAGUACACCAAAGAAUAAGAAGAGGAAGUCUAAAUCUACUGAUAAAGAUGAAGAAAAGAAAUUAAAGAUGAUUAUGAUGAGUAAUAAGCAGCGUAAAUUAUAUAAAAAGAUGGAGUAUUCAAAUGAUAAGAAGGAAGAGAAGAUUGAAAAUUUGAAAAAGAAGAAGAAGCAAAUUGCCAAAACUAAGAAAAAGUUAGAAAAAUUGAAUAAGAAGUAA